GUUCCCUCUGGUCAUUGAAAGCGUAAACUGCAGCCUCUUCGUCCUGCUCCCCUCCUCGGGCCCUCGUCUGCGGCUCUGCGCCUUCGCCAUGGGUCCGCACGGAAACCGGCUGCUCCCCGUUCUCCUGGCCCUCGUCGCCGCAGCGGGGCCCGCGCCGUCGUCCGUCGCCGGUGACGACAGGGCGGUGGCGGAGGUCUCCGGCGCGCCGGAGGGGGUCGUGUGGGUGGCCCAGCUCUCGGAUCUCCACUUCAGCGUGCACCACCCGGAGCGCGCCUACGACUUCCGGCGAUACGUCGGCCCGGCGCUCGCCAUGGUCAACCCCGACCUCGUCUUCAUCACCGGCGACCUCACCGAGGGGAAAAGCAAAGAUCUGCUUACAAUGAAGCAAAAUGAGGUGGAGUGGAUGGAAUAUAGUAGUACGAUGAAGGAUGUCAUUGAGAGUAGCAAGCUUCCAAGGAAAAAAUUCUAUGAUCUGAGAGGAAACCAUGAUAGCUUUGGUGUACCUGUGUCUGGUGGGGACUAUGACUUCUACGAGAAAUAUAGCAUCAAUGCUAACCUAAGACGACAGGGGCGCGUGCAAAGCAUCACUUUGGAGAACAAUGGUCGGAAACAUCUGUUUGUUGGCUUCGAUAGCACAAUGGAGAUCGGACUUAGGGGCCCAACGAAUUUAUUUGGGCAUCCAACUGACAAGCAGCUUAUAGAACUGGACCAAUCACUGUCGCAGUGGGACACUGACUUCAACAAGGCUCCAGUUACAAAAAUUACAGUUGGGCACUUCCCGAUGUCUUUCUCGGCAUUAACAGAAUCAGGAAAAAGUAUCAAGGAUGUCUUUCUGAAGCACUCAUUAGCAGCAUACUUGUGUGGACAUCUUCACACAAGGUUUGGCAAGAAUUUGAAGCGUUACUAUCAUCGAGCAACUCAGGAACCAUCACUGUAUGAACACUACUACCAAUCUAACAUGCACCAAGGCUAUGCAAUGCCGAGUGCUGAAGAGAACUGUUCUGAAGCAGCAGCACCUUUUGAGGAGUUCUGGGAGUGGGAGAUUGGCGAUUGGAAAAGGAGUAGAAGUAUGAGGAUAUUAGCAAUUGAUGAUGGAUUUGUCUCCUUUACUGACAUAGAUUUCAGGUUAGGCUCAAAAAGUGUAAUUAUACUACCUACCUUCCCUCUGGACUCGAGAUUUAUGCAGAGAACAUCUGCUCCUCGUGAUUUCAAAUGUCACACCAUGGGAGCUUCAACUUUUGAUACGGUGAGGGCGCUUGUAUUCUCUCGACAUGAGAUAGUAACUGUCUUAGCAAAGAUAUAUGACUCAAGACCAGGAAACCUUGAAGUGGUAUUCGACAGCGAAAUGAAAAGAGUGAGUGCCAAUGAUUCUAGAGGAGAUAUGUAUUUGAUUCCGUGGAACUGGAGAGCAUUUGCAGAUCCUUCUCCAGAUCGGUACUGGCUGCAAAUCGAAGCGAUGGAUAUAACAGGUGACAUUAGUGUCAGCCAGUUGAGGCCAUUCUCUGUGAAUGGGUUGUUUGCAGAAGUUAACUGGACAUGGAAGGAGUUUUUCGUGAUGGGCAUCCAGUGGGCGUCGGUAUAUCACCCCGCACUGCAGUGUGUUCUUGCUCUGAUUUUCACACUGCUUCUUGUGCCACGAGCUUCAGUAGUGCUACUUAAGGAUCAACAAUCUGUGUACACAUAUCUGCGUGCAGGCGGUAGUCAGUAUACAUCACUGAAGUAUCUACUUGGUGGUUUUAUCUGGCUUUUUGUUGAGCUGUCCAGGAUGAUUCUUGUGUGGUCUUUGCUGUUGGUGUAUAUAAUCUAUCUGUUGGUCUUCCCUUGGUUUUCUGGUCACCCUGUAACCGAGGAUAGUAGCCUCGCAUCCAUGACAUUCAGAGGUUGGGCUCUUAAAAAUGGUAUGAAAACUUUCCAUGCCGGCACUCCAGACGUCAUGGUCAUCGUUCUACCUCACCUCUGUUUUGUGGUAUUGCCUACGAUUGUGAUUCUUGCCGCGAUGGCUGCCGAGAGGACUGCAUUCCGAGAACACUACCUCUCACAGUCAGGAAAGAAGAAAGAUGAUCCCCACCAAAAGAGCAGGAGAGAGGUAGGGCAUGAUAGCUUGUGGAGCGGUCGCUGGAUAAGGAAAAUCUUCAUCGCUUUCUGUUUGGUGGUUCUGUGGAAACACUGGAAGCUGUGCAGAGCUCUUAUGAAGGCCUAUGCCAUGGACCCUCUGCUCCAUUCUCCGGUGCUCUUCUACUUCAUACCGGCGCUCAUGGCGUUUGCUGUCUACAGAACCUUGUCCAUUUAGCUGUUUCAGGGCCCUGCUCGGAGCACCGUGCUAUAUUUCGGCAGAGUUGCAAAGGCACUGCAGACGAAGCACCGUGCUAUAUUUCGGCAGAGUUGCGAAGGCACUGCAGGCGGAGCACCUCGCGGCUGAAGAUUUUAUUGGCCGGGUCACUCGCUACUACUUUUUUGUUUGUUUCUUUUGGAGAGUAGAUCUGUUAGACCAUCUAUCUAACAUGCAUAAAGACACUGUCAGCAUUGUACUGGACAUAAUUUAUACAGACUAAACGCGUCAUUUCUUCAGAACUAGGGAGUUAAGAACUUAUUAACACUGGGUGAAAUUCUUUGAGCCCUUGCAAUGAGCAACACCAUUC